AUGGAUCUACAUAUUUUGCCUUGCUUCAACCUAGCAGUGAUGUUUGGUGUGCUUCUCUUCAGUGGAACCUCAUUGAAAUCCGCCCAAAUGGACCAAGGUCUGGAAACCAUCUGUGGAAUCAAGAAUUUGCUGCUGCUUGUUGUCACUGGAUUGGUUAUCGCUGUGACAAGAAACAUGACGGACAACACUAAAAAACAGGCACUCGAGGACGGCAAUGAAAAAAUGCGAGCACUGCAGGGAGAAGUUUGUCUCGACGGAGAAGAGAGGAAGAGUGUGACCUUCCUGAAUGUUACCUUAAUCGACAGAGUUCGUGAUUUAGAGAAGGAUCUUCAAGAAAAUAGAAAAGAGCUGGAAAAAGGGAAGGAGGAGACUCGAUUGACCACGGCACGCUUUAACAAGGAGAGGCUGGAACAGCAAUCCUUAGAGGACAAGAUCCGUUUGCUGGAGAGCGAAAAGCAACUGAUGCAGAAGGAGAUGGCGACACAGGAAAGGGCAAGAUGUAUGCUGGAAGACGACCUUGAUAAAAUGAAAGCAGAAAACAAGCAACUGGUUAAGAACGGUGCCGCUGUUCAAGAGUUAUGUGAUGCCCUAAACAACAAAGUAUCGAGCUUGACUGCUCAGUUGGCCAUGAUCAGUUGUCAGCUUCGCCAACAAGAUGAAGCAGCGGGGCAGCUGGAGACGGAACUGCUUGAGAUGAAAGAAGAAAAAAUACGGAUGACUAACCGAGCCCGAGACCUGGAAGGCGCACUGGACUGUUGCAAGACCGAGACGGAAGACCUUCAGCUCAAAGUCCAAGAACUGCAGGAACAAACUGGGAAGCUGUCCAGAGAAAAUGGCACCCUUCAGUGUCAGCUACAGGAGAAGGACGCGAGACUUGGUCAGCAGGAUAAUUUACUGAAAGAAAAAGACCGCCGACUGGAAGAGAUGGCGAGGCUGGCCAGCAGCGAGGACGAGAAGAAGAAUGCUUUGGAGCGGGAGCUGAGGAAUCUGCAGGCAAUGAAUGAGACGCUGCAACGGGACUUCGACAACCUCCAAAUAAGGAAUGAGCACCUGGAAAAGGCCCACAACGGACUGCGGAAGCAGCUCUCUGUUCUCACGCGCUGGCACCAGAAGGUGGCAGCAGGCGUCAACCAGACGGACAGGGAAUUAGCGUGA